CGCCCUUUCAUCUCACAUCUCCUCUUCCUUGCAUCAUCAGUUCACGAGCUAGAGGACCAAAUCUCCCUAACUACUUCAUGUAGCAACGAGCUCAGUUUAUGGAUAACAUUCCUUAAACAAUGGAACGGCCUGUCUUUUUUCUAUAAUAAUCUGAUUUCUCUCCCUACGGAUAUCCAACUGUUCACAGAUGCAGCUCCUUCCGUUGGUUUCGGAGGUUUCUACCAAGGUCGUUGGUUCGCGUCUACAUGGCCAGCCCAGUUGUUAGAUUUACCACAAUCACUAACAUCCUCAGCAUUAUUCGAGUUGUAUCCUUUAGUGGUAGCAGCCUUCUUGUGGGGCAAAGAAUGGUCGACUAACAGCAUCAUGGUACACUGUGAUAAUGAAGCAACCGUGCAUUGCAUCAACAAAGGCCGCUCAAAUUCCCCCGCUUUAAUGCCUCUCCUAAGACGCCUCAUUUGGAUCGCAGCUUGCGACCAGUUCAUCUUAACUGCAAAACAUGUUCCUGGGUCCAAAAAUCAAAUAGCUGACUCUCUCUCUCGUUUUGCUUUCCAGAAAUUCAGGCUGUUGGCACCAGAGGCGGACCCAUGCCCAACCCCAGUACCUCACUAUUCAGAGUUAAUAUUCCCAUAAACCAUCCAUUGAAACCACUUCUAGAUGCCUCUCUUAACUCCAUUCUGCAAGCCGUUUCACCCAGCACCCUCCAAUCCUACCUAACCGCAUGGAAGUGUUUUAAGUCUUUCCACUUCACAUUCAACCAGCCUUUUCCCAGUUUUUCUCUGCUCAACAUCACUUCAUUUAUAUCCUAUCUGGACAGCACCAAGAACCUCAAAGCCCGCUCCAUCAAGGGCUAUCUAAGCGUAAUCCAAUUCUUCCACAAACUCCUUUUUGGUUCACCCUCCGCAGACAUAGCAAAUUCCCAGACAUCAAUGCAUAUCAAAGGCAUCCAAAAAACCCAACCAACCCGUCCAGAUGCCAGACAACCAAUAACCUUGGACAUACUCACCAAAUGUAUCUCUACCCUCCGCCGAGGCUACCACUCCACCAACACCGGCCGCACACUGGAUGCCAUGUUCAUAUUGGCUUUCUUCGGUUUCCUCAGAUGCUCAGAACUCACCAUCACCUCCAACUUCAACCCUAAAGUCCAUCCCACAAUCUCAGAUCUUUUAGUAUUAGACAACGAAACCAUUUCUUACUUCAUCAAACAAAGCAAGACAGACCAAAUGAAAAAAGGCCACUUCAUAUACAUCUUCAAUCUCCAAUCACCAAUCCAACCAUACCAAACUCUCUUCGCGUACUCACAAUUCAGAAACUCUCAGACCAAGUCCCCUUCCGACCCACUCUUCACCGACGAUUUCAAUCGCCCCGUUACACGUUUCUGGUUCCAAAAACAUCUCAAAUCCAUCUUACUCCAAGCAAACAUCCCAGCAAAUAAUUUUUCCAGCCAUUCAUUCCGCAUAGGUGCAGCAACCACAGCUGCCCAAAAAGGCCUUUCCCAGCAGCAAAUCCAAGAGCUAGGCCGCUGGUCGUCGGAGGCCUUUAAGAGUUACAUCCGUUCUAACCACCUCCAUACCAAAGAAGCCCAACGAUCCCUACUCAGCUAA